AAAGAGGAAAGAGACAGAAACAGAGCAGAGAGAGACAGAGAGAGAGAGACACAGAGAGAGAGAGAGAGAGAGAGAGAGAGAGAGAGAGGAUCAUGGCUGACAUCCCUCAAUCAUUUUUGGGAUUGCUUGUGACCGUUUUGUACCUGCUAACAGGUGUCAGUGGAGAAACUCUCUCUAUGUUCUCCAGAGUGGGAGAUGAUGUCAGUCUGCCGUGUAACAAUGUGGUUUAUCCAGACUGCUCCUCUACUACAUGGCUCUAUAACAGAGCUCUAUCUACUCGUACUAUUCAAGAGGUCACAUUGGGGGAGAUCAAAGUUGACCAGACAGAGAGAGCAGACAGACUGAGUUUAGGGUCUAACUGUUCUCUACAUGUUAGUGAUGUCAGAGCUGAGGAUGUUGGACUCUACAUCUGUCGACAGUUCCUUACAGAGACAGGAACACAACAUGGAGGUGAUGCUCCUGUUCAUCUGUCUGUUCUAACUAGAAGUACAGCCUCUACUGCAAGACCAGCCUUUUCAUCCACCUCCCCAUCUUCUGCUGGUACCAGUAAUGCUGUUAAGUUGCCCAUCAGUCACAUCAUGCUCUUUGUGACACUGACCAUCAUGGCUGCCAUAGUCACUAUUCACACAAGGAGGAACCGCCCACCCAAGGCUCUGCCCCCACAAGCAGAAGAAGCCUCUGGUAUUGAGAUUCAUGUCCUGGAGGAAUGACCCCCUGUUCCUCACUCUUCUCCCUGUGCUGGACUAAGACUUUCAAACUGUCUGUAGCUUUAUUGAUUUAGUAACAGAGGACAGUAUAAAUGUUUUUAAAGCUGAUGUUCAUCUAUUUUAAUGCAUAGUGUGGAAGAUGUAUUAAUUCAUAGUUGUGUUCCUAUUUAUUUUGUGUAUCAUUUUAAUACUUUUUUUGGUGGUGCAUUAGGGAUUCAGAUAUCAGCAAACCUUGGUUGAUGUUUAUGAUAAUGUUCGUUUUUUUUUUCUGUCCAUUGGGGAUGAAGUCAGCACAAAUAAAUUCCUUGGUUUUGUUUAAUUAAUCAUUUGUGUCCUAAGCAGACUUAAAUGAGCACAAUGCUUCUUCUGAAAUGUAAAUAAAUUCCUGAAAAUGUUUAAAUAAAUUAAU